GCUGCAGAAGAAGCAGCACUGCAGGCGGCGGCGGCAGCAGAAGAAUACAUAGAUGCAGAAAAUUAAAUAAUAUAAAAGGGUAGAAGAGAAGCAUAGGUGUAAAGACAUUAUUGGCCCUCCAAGUGUACUGGUAGAACAAAUUAGGGUUAGAGAGAGAGUGAGGACCCACAGAGGCAGCCCUUCCAAGCUGUCUCGCUUUGUUUGAGAAGCCUGGAAGACAAAAGGGUCCAGCUUUUUUCUUCUUUUCACUCACUUGCUCUUCAGUGCAAAUCAUGACUUCCCCUUCUUCUUGUUUCUCAAUAACCUCCUCUCACCUCUCUUCAUCAUUACCUCUUAGUAGUACAGCGAUAACAUCAAUGGAUAAAACCACCCAAUUACUGUUAAUACAGUUAUUACUAUUUUAGGAUAAUCACUGCUCUUAAGAUUCUCUUUUCUUGACCAACUUUUUUCCCCAUACUAACCCAAGCCCACCUCUCUGCUCUUUCCUUCUAUUUUCCAUCCAAUUCCACCACCGACCUCGCUCAUCUCUUGGCCCAUCCCACCUCAAUUCUAGGGUUUUUUUUUUUUUCCUUUUCUUUCCUCUACUUUUUUUUUUCCCUUUUAUUCUGUGAUUUGUUUGCGCUCUCGAGUACCCAUCACCCUGCUUUUACGAUCUUUUAUUUCUCUCUGUAAAUUAGCAUACUUUGUGUUGUGAUCCCUCUUAAAUCCUAUGGAUUCUCGGUAUAUUUCUUUGAAUUCUAGGGUUUUUCUAGGGUUUUUCUUUUAAGAUGUGGCUUAUUGUCUAUUGGGUCGACUUUAGUAUCACUUAAUCCUCUCCAGUUUGAUCAUUACCUUCUUUUUUAUAUUGGGAAUCUUCUUCUUUUUUAGCUCAGUUGCAGUUUCGGUUUUGAACUAGGUUCUCUUUUCUUGCCUUUUCUUAUCCUUUUUUAUUUGUUAGGAUUUUCCUAUUUCGCUUUCAUUUCAAUUCAUGGCUUAUCAACCUAUUCCGGGUCCUAGCUCGGGGUCGAGUUCGAGUUCAGGGUUUCAAUAUUUGAAUUCUCCUUUUGGAGAUACCACUUACACCAAGGUGUUUGUUGGGGGGCUUGCUUGGGAGACUCAGAGCGAGACCAUGCGUCGUUAUUUUGAGCAGUUUGGAGAUAUUCUCGAAGCCGUUGUCAUCACCGAUAAGAAUACCGGCCGAUCAAAAGGCUAUGGUUUUGUGACUUUCCGGGAACCGGAGGCUGCUAAGAGAGCCUGUGCUGAUCCUACUCCAAUUAUUGAUGGUAGACGGGCAAAUUGCAAUUUGGCUUCACUUGGGCGACCUCGACCGCCGCUGCCUUAUGGACGUGUGAGACCAGCUAUCCCAUACAUUGCAAGUGUGCAAACCCCCAGGGGAACAUAUGUUGGAAACUUUGGCUACCAGCAACCUCUUCCUUACAACUACCAACAAGGAUUAAUGUAUCAUCCAUAUGGAUAUGCAGCAUAUGGACCUGAAUAUGUCUACCCACAGGGCGUCUACAACCCUUAUGCGAAUCAGCAGUACCUUCAGAUAUAUGGCGUACCAGGCAAUGUUAAUCCAGCAAUAUAUCCUUAUGGACAGUUGGGUCAAGCCCUGCCUGGAGGUCAUGGUUAUACAACAGUCCAGGGGUAUGCCAUGCCAGGUCAUCACAUUGUGCAGUUUGGUGGACCUAGUGUUAAUCCAAUAACAACUUCACCUAUGCCCACUAUUCAGGCACCAUAUCCUACAGGUAUGGGUACACCUGUUCCAGCACAACCACAGUUUAUAGUUCCUGCUCCUUCUCCUCAGUAUAUGCAGGGCAGCGGUUCUGACCAAACAGCUGGGUGAGGUGUUGAUCAAGCAGGUAUCCUUAAGACUGCAGCAGGACUAAGAGCAGCGGAACUGCUACUUGAGUGGCGGGCUUCGAAUCUAGCCUUGCAAACUAUUUAUCUUGCAUUCUAGAGGUCAUACAUAGUCGUUCUCACCAGAGAAGUCAGAUGUCUGUGUCGCUCCAAAUGGUGGAGAAGAAACGUGGAAGAUGCCGAGACUUCUUCCUUUACCCUAGUGUAUUAAAAACCUCGUGUACUACCGGAGCUGAGGAUGAGCUCCUGGUAGUAGUGCAUUGGAUGGGUGCUGGAAUGGGUUUCUGGCAGUCAUAGGAAUAAAAAACAGUGUAAAAAAAAAUUUCGAAUCAACAUAUGAUUCUUUUGUAGUGUUAGUCCCAGCAUUUGGGUGUAUAGGUUAGAGCUCUGGUGCCUUCUGUUGGUGUCCUGCAUUGUAUUUAAAAACAUGGUUUUGAGUUUUGUGCAUACUAGUGGUAGGGGUGUCUCAUUGAACUCUUCAACAUCUUUUGUUUAUGAAAAAGCCUAACUCAAAGAAUGAGGGAAGCUUCAGUUAUAUUUAA